AUGUUGACCGGAUUUACUAUUUAAGAAGAAGAUGAAGGGUUUGUAGACGACAACGGCGAUCCACUGGAUCCUUGUGACCUCUUAGACUAUAGUGCCACAAAAGUUUGCAAUGUAAAUUCUCUAUACAAAGAUUAUAGCAAAUCUAAGUUCAGAGGACAACCUCCUAAGAUCACUGUGAUGCCCAUGUCUUUGAUGCCCUUAUGUGAUAACGAAAAGAACGGAGUUUUAAUCUUUUCUACUGGGUUUCGAAAAGAGAUUGUGGGGAAGAUGGAUGACUUCAAAAUGAAUGCAGGAUUUUUAAAUAGCAGGGGUGUACUCUUGUUGCAGUUGGUUCAUGAGAAAAUUGUUGAUGACUUCGCCAGCGAAGCUUUCCUUCGGCUUUGGCAUCCGCAUCUAUUUCCUGAAACAGAAGAACCGAAAAACCCUUUUUCGUUGCAGUCAAAUGCUCCUGAUUCGGGCAGGGGAACACCUAUGGACGAUGCCGGCAACACUGGUGAUGGUGGUAGAGUUUCAAGCGCUAUGGAAAUUGCUAGAAGAGCUACAUCCGGCACUGCCGCUGAGUUGCAGUCUGCAAGGUAAUU